CACGUCGAGGAUACAGAACAGUCCCUUUAGAAAAUGUCGCAAUUUGCACAUUUUACGUCGUCAUGGUGACAAAAGAACCCAUGGUGAGGUCAUCUGGCUCGAAAUCUGUUUGUGUGCGCGCCACUGAGCAAAAAUCAGCGUAGAUGAAACUACAGUAUUUAGGAUCAAUGUUGUUUUAAUCAGCAAAGCUACCGCAGAUUUCUGGAGGAAAGAAUGUUUCCGGUGGAACAAGCAGACGGCGGCUCGCUAGCGCUGCAAGAAAAACGUCUUCUACAGCAAGAAAAGGACCGACGUCUGCACACGAGGAGGAAGUCGGUCCCAGCGAACAGCAACACCAUGUUGUGGCACCAUCGGCGGGCAGCCAUGUUUUUUGAGGAACAGAAACUGAAGAAACAGCUGGACCACCUGGAGUUUGAAGAAAGGGAGUCUAAGAUUAAACUGAGGAACAUGGAGAGAGAAUUACGAAGUGACUUACGGAGAAUGCAGAUGGAGCUGAGGGCUCGGACGGUAUCCGGGACGACGAAUCAGGGGCUACGUUUACCGACGGGUAUUGUGGUGACCGACGAACAUGGUGACGACUGUGAGGUCGAAUUUCUGUCACUGGCCAGGACUACUUACUCCCGAGAAACACAGGUGUCAAGUUGUUUUGAUUCAAUGAGGCCUGCUUCCAUUAGACAAGAACAGAACACUCCACUGUCGCAGUAUGUAUUACCUGGCAGCCCGCCUGCCUCAAGCACAGAGUCGACCGCUGACAACGUUACAGAAAGUGCAUACAAAUUAUCAAAACGAUGUAAGGCCAAGACAUUGGCUAGUAUAAAGACUACGCCUGGCGAAAGAGUGGUACGCCGACCAAGGUCUUUGUCAUUGUCAAACACAGACCCUUUCUUACCCGUGCCUUCCCCGGAUACCCUGCAGGGAAUGUCUCGUGAAAGGGCAGCGUCCAUAGACAGUCUCAGCACCUUUCAGUCAGAGCACAGCCAGAAUGACCUUUCAGAUCCGGAAGAGAGUGAAAAGACAUCGUAUACACCUCUAUAUUCCCUGUUUCUACUCUUCCUGGCUGCCUCGCCGCUGAGCUGCAUGGCGAUACCUGCCCACAAGGCUGAAGACGUGAGUCUAGAGGAGUUUUUCGGGGCGAGCUUGUCCAGUCGACACCGUAGGAGCACGGAAGACCUGCCGGACCACUUCCACAGCUACCUGUCUCACCCUCCCAUCGCGUGGGACAACGGCGUGGCAGAACGGGCGAUGUGCCCAUGGACAUACGAGCACAACUUCAACGCCACCCGUUUCCCCCACACCAUCACCAUGGCGGACAGGUCAGACGACGACGACCGUUGCCUUGACAACGGUGUUCGGCGGGUUGGGACGGUGUGUCUGCCCGUCCUGGUCAAGCUGAACGUGUGGGCCCGGGACGGUGACGACCAAUGGCAGCGCGCCGAGGAGCUGGUGCCCGUGGGCUACACCUGUGCGACCCCGCGGGAGUAG